GAAGAAAAUUGUGGUUUACAUCGUAUGUAUAGACAUGGGCGGCUCGGCGGGCGAUGCCAAGGUGAGCUUGAGGUUGCUGGCAAGGACCCGGAGGUGCUCGGUGGUAGUAAUAGGCAGGCGGGCCUCGAGAUCGCUGCGCCGUCCGAACACUUCAUCGUCGAGGAGAGUACACGGCCGGGCGACACUCAGAAGAACCGGUACGACAACUUGACUGCAUGACCCGAUAUGCGCGUGGCUUUUGUCUGAUGUUCAACUAAUGUAAC